AUGACGGGUGCGAUAUUUUACGGGACAGUCAUGGACAAGCUGAUGUCAAGGAGGUUUCAUGGAAGGCCGGGGGAAAAUAUCUCCAUUCUCAACUAUUCUACUGCGGUCCAUUGUACUCAGCGCAAAAGUCUACAGAACACAUGGCACUUCCAUAAUAGCAUGCGACCCCUCGUGCAAUGA